AUGAACCAUUUUGAUAUCAUUUUCAGUUCCGUUUCUUUUAACGCCUUGCCAUUUCCAGUACCACAGGUCAGUGAAAUUGUUGUAAUUUUAUUGCUUAUCAUACUUUGACCUUUAACCCAGCUUCUUAUGAUGGAUUAUAUCAUCAAAAAUGGAGUUAACUAGGAUAACUAAAGGGUUUGUGAGCAAUUCAAGUCUCGUAGAACUUCCGAAAAUAAUUCCGGUUAUCUGGUUAAGAUCGAUUUGGAUUAGCAAGUUUCCCAUAGCAACAUUUUUUUUUUUCUUAGAAAAGUUUUUCUGGGGAGUGUACGUAAAUGAAAAUUUUAUCCUUGAUAUUUUGAAUAUUAUUGCUCAGUAGAUUUUGAAAUUGAAACAUAUCAAAGAAAAACUUGUAGGGGGUCGAAAGUUUUACCGCAAAUGAUUUGACAGAGAGAUUUGUUGCUGAUAUGACAUGCCUACCUACUUGCGAUUUUCACGUCAUCAGAUCAAAACUUUGCACUCAAACCUUUGUUUAGUAGGCUGAUAGGUUUCUCAAACCCGGCGAAAAAGUCUAUGAGGAGGUUGUAUAUAUUGGGUGGGUCUUCGGAAAUUUGAGUAGCUAGUGUACCCCACGCCUUUGACUAACGUUGCAAGGUAUAUUAUUAUCAGGUAUAUUAUUGUUCAGUAGAUUUUGAAAGCGGAACAUGUCAAAGAAAAUCUUGUAGGGGUCGAAAGUGUUACCGCAAAUGAUUUUUCAGGAAGAUUUUUUGCCGAAAUUGUUUAGAAAUACCUGCCUACUUGCGAUUCUCACGUCACCGGAUCAAAGCUUCGCACACAAACCCUUGUUUAGUAGGCUGACAGGUAUCUCAAACCGAGCGAGAAAGCCUAUGAGGAGGUUGCAUAUGUUGGGUAGGUCUUCGGAAAUUUGAGGAGUGCACCCCACGCCUUUGACUAACGUUGCAAGGUAUAGCUCGAUAGAUUUUUCCUGUUAAAAUAUCAUUGACAAGUUUUUUUUUUAAAACCUGACAAUUUUUCUGACACAACUAGUCAGUCCAAAGUUAGCUUUAGGAAAAACCCUUUUUCGUUUUACAUCUGUCUUAACUGGGCAGUAUAUGAACAGUAUCCAUUUUUUUUCAUGGUAGGAUUUGCUCCUUUCAGCCCUUGUAUCAACCAACCAUGAGGAAACUCUGAAAAAUGCUGAUCGGUUUUUGGAGACCAAAGACUAUCGUACUGCAGCUGCGCUUUACACUGCGGCUGUUGAAUAUCUUCAAGUUCCCACAUCUGCUGAACGGGUGGCCUAUAUUCUGUGCAAGCGAGCUGAAUGUUUACUUCGUUUGGUAAUUUUGAAUGAUUCCUCAGUUGCUUUACGUGACUGGCUAUCAGCUAUUAGUAUUUUUAAAGACCGCUAAGUCAUUCAAAUAACUAGUCAUACAAAAUUGCUUUAGUAACAAACAACUCGUACGAUGUGAUCAGAAAGUAAUUCUCUACCAAUCAGAGUGCGCACAUUUCUAUAAUCACCUGAGCAAUAAUGCUAAAGUAUGCUUAAAGACACGCACGCUUUCUGAUUGGUCAAGGAUCAUUUAAUCUCAUUAUAUAAUAAUGACAAUACUUUUGUUCUUCUUUCAGAAUUAUGUGCAACAUGUUUUACAUGACUGCGAUGUUUGUAAGUACAUCAAGUUGCGUAGUAGGGUGGGACAGAUGUUCCCAAUCGCUCUUCUGAUGAUGACACUAACAAGCUCAAUUGACUCAAAGACUGAAUCGUCCAUUGCUCUGUUUCCUCUCCACUGACUAUUUUAGUUUGAGCGAGAAAUGGAAAAGGCAGAUAACAAAUGUUUUCACAUGAUAAAUCAUAUCAUAUUCGUUUAUCGUUUUCUUUUCAAGGCGAAACCUUGACUGGUUGCGGAAACGAACAUGUAGCCUUCCUGAGAUUACGAGCUCUAGAAUUGCAGGGAGAGGUGCAAGAAGCCUUCAUUCAUGCUAUUGUCUUUGAAGCUCUCAAUCCCGAGGUAACUUCUCCAUUCAUUAAUUUCACGUAGUAUCAAAUCAAGCUCUUUCAAGUGAUAUUGAUGCUUAGGUGGCACUGGCGUUCAAAUGAUAUCCAGAAUCCAUGGAUUUAUUCCAAUGAUAUUUAAAUUCUCUUUUUUUUUUUUUUUUAUAGAAUUCUAAAAACGGUCGUAGUGCGGUGCCAUAGCGAACCCUUUAGAGACUGGUCAUUAUAGGGAUCAUAUGGUUUUCAGGAGGGAACAGAGGAGACUGUAGAGCAUAAAAAGGGGACCAUAGACGGCCAAUUAACUGCCAAUGAUGGGGGAAUCAGCUAUCAGUCAGUUAUCAGUUGAGUCGUGGCAUACUUCAAAAUAUGCCAAAAUUAGGGAUAAUUCGUGUGUCGUCUACUUUGACAUUCAUAAAUUCGUGAGGCCCCCGGAACUGUUCCUACACAAACCUGACCAUCAAAAGAAAUCUCAGAUCUCUCUAGACUAAAGUUAUCAUAACCAGCUCCCACCUGGAAAGAAAGUGUGGCACAGGUGAAGAAGAAGAAGCAACAAUUUACGUUUUCUUAUGUCAAUCGAACCGUUUUUACUUUGCAGAAGUCAAGAGACAAAGAUGCUGUGCGCAGACUAAGAACAAAGGUCAAAUCGCUCUUCAGACAGGUAUCGUUUUGUUAUCUUCGUAUGCUCAACGUCAAAUUUUGAACAAAAUCAGUUUGAUAUGUCAACAGUAGCCUCCAUGUGGCGUGAAAAUAUUCUAGAAUAUUAGUCUGCGGACAUAAUAUGUUUCCAAAAGCGAAGCUCGAGGAAAUGAUUGAGCUUCGAGGGAGUAGAAUGUAGGCUAUUGUAUUUAUCAUCGUUCCAAUUUUUUUGCAACACAGAACAAAACAUUCAAAACUCAACGCCAUUAAACUUUAAGCUUAACUUUUCAGAGCGAAUUUAUGAACAAACACGGUUUCCGUUUCUUUUGCUACCAACAGAGAAACAUCCUCCAAUCUUUGAUAAACAAUUAGGAAUAUUUUCGUUGCAUCUCUCGCAAGAUUUGAAAAGUCGGGAGUACCACUUGUUGAAUAUCACCUGAUAUUCGCCAUUGUUUACCAGGGGAAAUUAAGUGAAGUAUGAAAGUGAAGUGCGAAAGUAUUUGUUCAGAUUAUAAAGUUUGGUUUGGAUUUGCCAUCACGAACAGUGUAUUGUGUGCCUUGCCUUUAAGGGUGAACACCAAAUCUACAGAACCAUCGACAUCCUGAUGAAGCAAGGGACGAUAUUGUUUGAAAAAAACAAACCUGAUUUAGCUUUGAGUAUCUUCACAGAGAUGGUUAAUCUUGCGCCUAGAGCAGAAGGAAUACAGAUGGCCCAUGAAUACCGAGCGCAAUGUUAUUUCAUUCAGGUAAGAGUAGAUUUGGUACAGACGAAAGUUAUUAUUUUCCAGCUAGUUUAAAUGUACUGUUGAUUUAUGUCAGAUUUAUGGCAGGUGAAUUAGAAAAAAGAUGGCAUUUUUUCAAUUUCUUUGGUUGAAACCACAAAUGAUACACCAACAGUUAAAAAUAUAGGAAUUCUAUUCCAAGUGCACCUUAAACGAGAUGACAAACGUCCCCCACUCCUACCCGGUAAUAUAAAUUUGUAACUUGUGAAAUUAUUUAAAAUUUUUAUAGCUGUUUACACCAUUAGUCUAGGUAACUGCUGAUACUAGAAACAAGAGUGUUAACCAGAGGUUUACAUAACCGCCGAUUUUGAAACCCUUUUCUGUCUAUAGGGGAAAUUUUUACAAGCUGAUCAAGACUGCAAUCGAGGUGAGCCAUUUUUGAAUAUGUGAGAAAUAUGUGAGGCUUUCCCGGAAGGGUGAGGGAAAGUUCUAACUAACUGUUCUUACAAAUGAAUAACCUUGUAGCAAAUCUUUUUUUCUAUCAGCCCUUAAUCUGUCUGACCGUGAAAGUAUCUCAGCUCUUGAUACAAAGAUCAAAAUCCAAAUGCAGCUUGGAAAGUUUUCCGAAGCUCUUGAAAUACUCUAUGAAUGGCGGAUGCUUAUUGAUCCUGAGGUGAGACUGAAGUUAAUCCUCUCCAAUAACUAG